AGUCAACAGCGGAAGUGGAGCCGUUGCCGUUCCCUCCGACCGACAGUGACACGCAGUCACCGGUCACCCCUCAGCCCGUGCUGGUUUAUGUUGGGCCGCCUGGUCGGUACCGCGUCUCAGAGGGUCCACAGCGUGUUGAAGCAGGUGUCGCUGACCAUGAAGCCGAAGGUCAUCUUCGUCCUGGGCGGACCCGGCGCCGGGAAAGGGACGCAGUGCUCCAAAAUCGUGGAGGCCUACAACUACACUCAUUUGUCAGCUGGAGAUCUGCUGAGGGCAGAGCGGGGUAGAGAAGGGUCUGAGGAUGGACAGCUCAUCGACAACUAUAUCAAAGAAGGCAAAAUCGUCCCAGUGGAGAUCACCAUCCGCUUGCUCAGGAAGGCCAUGGAAGAGACGAUGAAAACAGAUGAGACCAAGAGCUACUUCCUAAUCGACGGCUUCCCUCGUAACGAGGACAACCUCCAGGGCUGGAAACGGGACAUGGACGACAAAGCAGAUGUCAAGUUUGUGCUUUUCUUUGACUGCAGCAAUGAGGUUUGCAUCAACCGAUGUUUGGAAAGAGGCAAGAGCAGCGGGCGCACAGACGACAACAGGGAGAGUCUGGAGAAGAGACUCCAAACCUACCUGGAGUCUACUCGGCCAAUCAUCAAGAAGUAUGAGCAGGAUAACAAGGUGCGCACCGUAGACGCUUCUCGCUCCGUGGACGAGGUGUUCGCUGAUGUCAGAGCCAUCCUGGACAGAGAAGCUUGAGUUUCUGCAACUGUCACAUCACAACACUCAUUUAUCCUUUUUAAGUUUCCUUUUAUCCACUGUAGUUAUACCUUACUGCCUUUCUAUGUACUUACAGAUGAGGUUUCUUUUGAUUUCCGUGCGGUGCGUGUUGUAACUGCAGCGCUGUUUGUGCAGAGAGGCGCAGCAGCUACUCAUUAUGGACGCUCAGCCCAGAGGCUCUCAGCUCUUAGCUUUCAAAUAAAGAUUACGGCCCGCCUCGAGAAGCCGAUUGCUUUGUCAAAGACACUCAACGGCAUCAUCAACAUGAUAUUUAGCACUACUGUCAUCACAGCAUCACGUCGUGAGAAGGAGCUGGGAUGCCGCAGACCAAACAGUCAUGUGACCGGGUGACAAGGACAGAGUAGACUCUUUACUGAUCUGCCUGUAGCAUCUCAGGCAUCUCAACUAAAGGAACCCAACAUCCACCUCCUAUUCCAUGGACAGGACCCACCCUGGUGCUAUGUGGACGUGUCCGGCAUCUGGCAAGAAGAUUUGUCUUUAGCUGAAGAUUUUGAUGCACUUCAUUAUAGCAACAUGAUGUAGGACAAGUUCAAAUGUGUAGAAGAAAAUUAAUUUUUUUUGUAUGUGUUGACGGCGGAAUCAUAAAGAUGGAAAGUAAAAACAA